CUUAUCACCUUCAAGUUGACCCCCGUUGUGCGAAAAGUAUUUUUCCACAGGUAUUAAGCAAAAAUGGAGCUGACUGGCUGGGUAAAACCGUAUGAAUGGGGAAAAGUGGGCAUUAGCUCUGCCGUUGCCCAAAUGGCAAUGGCCAACGAUCCGGACUUUGUCCUGAACGAGAAUGAAACGUAUGCCGAGAUGUGGAUGGGUACACAUUUCUGUGGCGUCUCCAUUGUCAAGGAGACGGGUGAGACUCUGGACCGUGUGCUGAAGAAGGAUCUGCCGUACCUGUUCAAGGUGCUGAGCAUCAAUAAAGCACUCAGCAUACAGGUGCAUCCAAACAAAUGCGAAGCGGAGCGUCUACACAAGGAGCGCCCAGAAAUCUACAAAGAUGAUAAUCACAAGCCGGAGCUGGCCAUCGCUCUGACACCAUUCGUAGCGUUGGUUGGAUUCCAGCCAGUCGAAGAUAUAAUCGAUUAUAUUGAUGAGUUCCAGCCACUGUCAAAACUAAUCGGCAAGGAGGCCGUAGAUGCACUGCACCAAACGCGAAACGCAGAGGGUCUGAAGGAAUGCUAUGCGAUCUUAAUGAAAUCCGAUGAAUCGGCCAUUUCCAAAUGCAUCCAAGGGAUUGCCAAAAAAAACAAAGAAGAGCUGAAGCGCAAUGAAUUGUUGGAUGUAUUUAACACGAUCAGUGCGGACUUUCCCGGCGAUGUGGGUGUGCUGUCUCUAUUCUUUAUGAAUCUGGUGCGACUAAGGCCCGGGCAGGCCAUCUACUUGGGCGCCAACGAGAUACAUGCCUAUCUUUCCGGUGACUGUGUGGAGUGCAUGGCCUGUUCCGACAAUGUGAUCCGUGCGGGACUCACACCCAAAUACAAAGAUGUGAACCAGCUCAUCUCGUCGGUGAUAUUUGAAGGCAAAUCGGCGCAGUGCAAGGUGUUCAUGCCGUAUCGCAUCGAUGAUACCGUACAGGUGUUUGUGCCACCCGUUGACGACUUCGCCGUGAUACAUGUUUCCAUCAAGUACAUCGUCGACACAUAUAAACUGCAGAUCCAGCCCUUUGGCUCCAUACUGCUGACGUUGACGGGUGUGCGCAACCUGAAGCUAAAUACCAAAGAGGGUCGCAAGCAGAUAACUUUGACACGCGGCAGCAUUGUGUACAUUCCAGUCGAGGCAGCGCCAGAGAUUGAAUUUGAACAUGCCGAAGAUUGUAACGAGGAUUUCUCCGCUUACAUUGCAACCUUUAAUUAUUUUAGAAAGGCUUAGAAAGAAGAAUGGGGAAAUGUGUUUAGUGUAUUUAUAAAUAAAAAUAAAACGAGCAUCCUUUUUCAUGGUUGCGAAUAGGUUAUAUUUUAAAUUGUUGCAAUCUAUGUAAAGCUAUAAUAUAAACUAAACUUGCAAUAAUAAUCAUUUUAAGCAUUCAACGCGCCAGUUUAUAUAUGUAUAUAUAUAUAUAUCUAAUUAAUAUACAUCAUUAUGCAAUAUACAAUAAACAUUCAAGUGAACUGUA